GUAAACAUUCUCUUGCAAGGAAGCCUCACGUACAAAAUGUAUAAAUUCUAAUUUAUGUAUCUUGAAAUAAAGAUUUACAAAAUAAAAUGGAUCGAUUCAUGUGGACAAAUGGUCUCCUUGAAAUGAACGAAACCUUAGUGAUUCAGCAGAGAGGUGUCAGACUCUAUGACGGAGACGAAAAGGCGAAACUCGAGGUCGGAGUCGUCCUGCUGAGCACGCAUCGUUUACUUUGGAGGGAUCUAAAGAAUCAUGAAUGCUGCAUAUGUAUACCGUUGUCUCAGAUCAUAUUCUUUGAGGAGCAGGCCGCAGGCAUUGGAAAGAGUGCCAAGAUUGUCAUUCACCUGCACCCAGCCCCUGCCAAUAAAGAGCCAGGGCCCUAUCAGAACAGCAAGUUCUCCUAUAUUAAAUUAUCCUUUAAGGAACAUGGACAGAUUGAGUUUUACAGACGCUUAACAGAGGAGAUGAUUCAGAAGAGAUGGGAGAGCACACCGGCCUCACAGCCCAUUACAGCAACAGCUGGAUUGAAGACGGGAAGGACGCGCGCAGUAGGGAUUGUUGGCAUCGAGCGGAAGCUGGAGGAGAAGAGGAAGGAGACUGACAAAAACAUUUCAGAGGCCUUUGAAGAUCUCAGCAAGCUUAUGGAGAAGGCCAAAGAGAUGGUCGAGCUCUCCAGGUCCAUUGCCAGCAAAAUCAAGGACAAACAGGGUGACAUCACGGAGGACGAGACUAUCCGCUUCAAGUCCUAUUUGCUGAGCAUGGGCAUUGCCAACCCAGUAACCAGGGAAACGCAUGGCUCAGGCACACACUACCACAUGCAGCUCGCUAGACAGCUGGGAGAUAUACUACAGGCACCGCUGGAGGAGCGAGGCGGUAUGAUGGCCCUCACGGAGGUGUACUGUCUGGUGAACCGAGCCCGGGGGAUGGAGCUUCUCUCUCCAGAGGACUUGGUCAAUGCCUGCAAGAUGUUUGAGUCUCUAAAGCUCCCUCUGAGAUUGCGGGUGUUUGACAGUGGGGUGAUGGUGGUUCAGCUGCAGUCUCACAGUGAAGAGGAGAUGAUAGCAUCUGCCAUCGACAGUGUAUCUGAAAAGGGCUCACUGACAGCGGAGGAGUUUGGCAAGCUUUUAGGACUAUCUGUUCUCCUUGCGAAAGAGAGACUGCUGCUGGCUGAGAAGAUGGGCCAUCUGUGCAGAGACGACUCCGUAGAAGGACUGCGUUUUUACCCCAACUUAUUCUAAGGAGCCGCUCGCUCGCUUGAAAUGGCUGUUUCUGUUAGACUCUCUCCCUCUGGCUUUACAGGGCCCUCUGGGCAGAACAGAACACCUGCAGAAUGGACCUGCUCAGUGACCUGUCUGGAUGGUCGGUUGGUUUAGAUGCUUAUUUUAAUGUACUUGGUGCUUUAUAGAUAGGGUAAGGCAGUGGUGCUUAUCCCAGUCACUGGUUCAAACAGGUCUGUAUGUAAAAUAUAAACACUGUCACAGAAUGAGGUGUAAUGGGUUAUCUUAGAUACUGCAGCUCCAACACAGGACCAUGGCUGAGAUCCUGAAUAAUGGGGCAGAAGAGAGGUGGAUCCAAGAGAAUUUUGCUCUGCUUAAGUCAAAUGUGAGCAUCCAAGAGACUUCUUAGGUACAUUUUACAAAAUCUAUAUCUAGUCACUGUUGCCACACUUUUUCAGCAAGGUGUAUUAAUGUAAUGGUGUAUAUCCUUUGUUAUCUGAAUAAAGUGCAGUACCUUGCACUGUCUUGUAUAGCUGAGACUUGUCUUUUUUUUUCUUUUUUUUUUAAGAAAUAGAACAUUUUGAAUAAACUUUGCAGCUAACUAGAUCAUCCUAUUUUUGUUUCAUCACAUGGUUGAGAGAAUAAAGGCAUAUCAUAAAUGUA